AUGAUUUUGACAAGGCCGAACGCGGAUCUUUUGCACCAGGAUGAAGAAGGCCGUACACCACUUAUAUAUGCGGUGCAGCAUAACGAAGCAAUCCUCACGGUGAUGCUCUUGCGCCAUCCGACAUCCUGCACUGAGCCUCGGGAUUUCCACGGUCGGACAGCUCUUUGGUACGCCGUACAACAAGGAAACACAGACAUUAUCCAGCUUCUCUUGGGCAGCGGCGCGGAUAUCGCUGUCCCAGACGACUAUGGAGAGACCCCACUCCAUAACUCUAUUGUGGACGGAAACCUGUCCGCAACCCGGUUGUUGCUGAGAGAUCCUACGGUAUGGACCCCUGUGUUCGCGCUGCAUGCGGUCAAUAACGUGCUGCCACCCCUGUGCAUGGCGGCUGAUCGGGGAAGCAUAGAGAUGGUGCGCUUGCUCGUGGAAUGUGGCUGGUACGUGAAUGAAGUGGAUGUAGAAGGGCGAACGCCAUUACACCGCGCCGCAGAGAAUGGACACGACCCAGUCGUCCAGGUACUACUGACGAACGAGCAACUCGACGUGAACGCGCGAGACCAACGGGAGUCGACCGCCUUGCAUGAAGCCGCCUGGAAAGGGCAUUUGGCAGUGGCCAAUCUACUCCUGACUAAGCCCAACAUUGAUAUCAACGUCGAGAAUAGGUACGGCUGCUCCCCGCUGUGGUAUGCCACGCGACACGGUCACUAUAACGUGGCUUUGAAGUUACUGGAAGAGCCAAACAUCACCGUCAAUGCUGUAUGUCGAUUUCAGUCUCUACCCGGGAAAUCAAUAUCACUCCAUCAAGCGGUCGACUGCGGAGCAACGCAGAUUGUGCAGCGGUUGUUGGCCCGGACAGCUCUUAACCCAAACAUUACGGACGACUGCGGCCGCACUCCCCUAGGCUGUGCGUCCCACGCAGGUAACUUGCCAAUGGUGGAGCUCCUGCUGGGUCGAUCUGACGUGCGGGUGAAUGCAGCAGAGAAAAGCGAACAGCCACCGCUGUGGUCAGCUGCUUUGCGAGGACAUAUCCAGGUCGUCGAGCGCCUGCUGCAGUGUGGAGAUAUUCAUGUCAAUCAGGGAUGGGGGCCUUAUUCGUCUCCGCUCCUGGUCGCAAUUACGCGCGGUCAUUCCGAUGUAGCCAUGCGGUUGCUGAAUUGCGUCCCGCGGCUGGAUGUCAAUGUCCGGACCUACCUAGGGGAUUCCGCUCUCUCCCAGGCUGCCCAUCAAGGAUAUACAGACGUGGUUGCGCGUCUGUUAGAAAUCUGGCAGACUGACCGGAAUGGCACCGACAGGUGGGGACGCACUGCGUUAUGGUGGGCAGCCCGGGAGGGUCAGGCGCGAAUUGUGCAGCAGCUACUGGAGGACGACCGGGUUCUGAACAACGUGGUGGAUACCGACGGGGUAGAUGCUAUGCAUGCUGCGAGUAGUCAUUAUCAUUUUGACAUUGCUUGGCUGAUUCGGACUCGUUGCUCUAUGCGAUACAGUAAUUGGACAGGCGGUGGCCCCCACAGCUUGAGGGCUAGGAGCUAG